AUGGAAGUUCGCACACUAUCGGGCAGUUCCAUGAGCUCACAAGAAGCGAGUCCUAAGUCGUUACCCUCAGCUAAGGAAGACCUAUUACCGCCACGUCCAACAGCCGUCGGACCUAAGAUUCCCGGUACGGGAAAUCUAGUCGUAGUUUGGCAGCUAGAGGGACCGACAGAGGAAGAACUCAGCCUUCGCAAGAUUGCCUUCGAACCCGCUAAGGACGCUAAAGUGGUCACUGCCGUACCGGAGGAUGUCCCUAUUGGCAUGAACACAGAGACGUGGAUGAGCAUGUCUAAUGGCAAGGACGGUAGCGUCGCUGGAACGAUAACGGCUGAUCUGGUAUCACCGUUGGGCUCUGUGGAGGCUCAGGUCUCGCUGGCUCUGUCAGCUGAAGAGAGACUACUUACCCUAGUUGACACUAGUCGAACUGAGCUGUCUUCAUCGUGUCGGGAGGACGGGCCUCCUGUACGAGUGGUCAUCAAGGACGCAGUGUUCGUUGUAGCUCUUGUGCAAGCCCAGGAGGGGGUAUCCAGUAUAAUCGAGGCCCGCGUGACCCUCAUUGGAAGACUGCCCAAAGUGGUCGGCCUUGACGGCGUCGAUGGUGAUGCGCCACACUUGGCUCUGCGUUAUGGUCGGGAGUGCGGCCCGAUACGGUUGAUCGUGAAGGUUGGUGACCAAGAUCUGUCUUCAGAAGACGAUAGUGUCACCAGCCGUGUCACACCUGCAUUGCCGCCGGGAAUAGAACUGGAGAAACGGGGUUGCGUCUUACGCGGCAUACCACGGCUUUCCGGGCGAAGUGAGCAUAGCAUCGUUGUUACAACCGCGGUGGGAGAAAGCCAACCCUUCCGGAUUGCCAUUGAGGUCAACAUAGAAGAGAGCGACAUGACAAGACUACGAUGGGCCGCGGCUGAAGGUGGCUUGGGUAUUGCAGCAAUUACAGACAGGAUUUCCAAGGGAUCUUCCCAGCGAGCAUCUGAGAUAUAUCGCCAUUUCGCAUACACCCUCCCUGAGCACCAGAAGCGGCAGAGGGAGUUCUGGGCUCGGGAGAAGCAAGACAUCAUUGUGGUAGACGCAAGCAUGUCGGGCAAGCUACAGGAGAUCAUUGAUGAUCCACACCACAGUGAUGGUGAUACGACAACCAGAGUGCUACAGUUGAUACCAGGAAUCUAUACUCUACCGGGAGGCAUGCUCAGACUACGCCGACGCAGAGUCAUCGUUCAAGGCCUCUGCCGGGACGGCGUGACGAUCAUUGGCCAAAUCCGAGUGGAGCAUCCGGGCUGUAUUAUAGACAACCUUACUCUUACUAACUUUGAUGUUACUAAAUGCGAAGCAUCCACUGAUGGAGAGUUAUUCAGUUGCGGAAUAGUGAUUACAACUGAAAGUAAUGGCAGUUUACCCGUCUGCACGAUCCAGAAUUGCAGUUUACGCUGCUUACGAAGCAGCUGUGUUAAGUUCAUGUCUCCUCCGACUGAGAAAUCUUUGGAGGCACCUGGCGGAGCCAUACUACUGCGUAACCGAUUCUCGGUCGUCCGCGAUAGUAGUACUCCAGCAGUAGACUUCCGUGAAGCGUCGGGACCUGCCAUUGAGAACUCAGCGCUCGUUGACAACCUCUUCUCCCCUUUGUGCUAUGGACUGGAAUGCAAGAAGGGGCACCAGCCACGGGCAAGAGGCAACUCGACCUUUGCCAUGGAUACCUUUGACGCUCAAAUGAUGUUAUCGGCGUCCCUACAUCCUCCACAACGAGAUUUCAAUGUGGCCCUCCUGAAGCAUGCCGCGACUAUCCUUCGCAAGGCCGAACAACCGAGGAGAGAAGAACUUCCUCCUCGUGCUCAGCCGGCGCAUACGUUUGCCGAGCUCAACUGCUGCUAUGGAAAAAAACGACCAGAUUGCGUAUACAUGGAGGCCGCGAGCACGAAGGCAAAUGCGAAGAGAAGUGAGCAGUUAGGGUUCCGAGCCGACAGACACAGCUUUUAUACCUUUUGCGGUAAAUCUGAUGCCUGGAGGAAACGACAAGCUCUGAACAAAGAGCCGAACACCAGCCCGAAUCUGAAAUCGAUUAUGUCGAGAAUGCGAGGCUCUAAAGCAUCACUCGUGUGGAAAUUGCCGGACAAUGGGAGGAUAAGGACAGACGGUGGUCUCCCCGGUGUGGAGGUCCCAUCUUGCAGAUCUGUACCGAACUUAAACUCAAGACUGCCUAGUCUACCCGUCUUGGAUAAUGAAUUAAUUUUAAAUAGGCGACUAUUGCCUGUCCGCCAAACUAAUCAAACUGUCAGUGUGUUCCUACGGCCUAAGUGAAAUCCAACUAAACUGCAAGUGAUGU